AUGGAAAAUGGAAACAUCACUGAUACACAGAUCACUGCCUCUUCUGAAUGGCGGAUAACUGGUGACUACCUACAUGCCUACCAGGGCAGACUACACUUAAAAACAGCGGGAGUCAUGAAAGGUGCUUGGGCAGCAGGCCGAUUAGAUGUGAAUCAGUGGCUCCAGGUUGACUUGCGCAGUUAUAACGCAAGAGUUACCGGUGUAGCAACACAAGGAAGACAGGACGGGAACCAGUGGGUUACAAAGUACAAGCUGCAGUUCAGUUUUGUCAACGAAACAGCCAGCUUCCAAACCUACAAGGAAAAAGGCCAAAAUAAAGAAAAGGCAAGUUACGCAGUUUUUUCCAUACCUCUUUUCCUACCAUGAAAGUCUUUAAGUAGGUUUGAAAGUCUUAGAGAGGGAGAGAAGGGGAAGGGGGUGAAAGAGAGAGGACAAUGUAGUAUUAUCAGCUAAAGCUGGAUUACAUAAAAGCGGUGUUAAAAAAUAUAUAUAUCUAUCUGCGGUUUCGAGUUAAUAUUAAUUAGUUUUGAGAAAAAUAUAUAUUCGUAAAACUAGAAAUUAACCUUUGAUAAAUUAAUUCUAAGCUAGGAUUAUAGUAAGGAAUCAAAGAGGCUGGGGAGCAAUCGGUCCAAUUUAGAUUGAAAAAAGUUUAUUGCUUUGCAUCCACGCAAAUCCUCUGGUAAUUUAUUUCAAAUAUAUGCUCCCAUAUAGCCAGAACGUUUUUUGCCAUAAUUGGUUUAGGGAAGAGGUAUUGAAAUCAAGAAAAGGAGCCCCUAGUAUCAUAAUUGGACCUCAUUUUCAAAACUUUUGUGCGUAGAUAUUUAUGCUAGGUGCCAUAUUGUUGAACACCUUCAUUUUAAUAGCGAGGAGCUUUAUUCUGCGCACAGAAAGGUUGUCCCAUCUUAGCCCUUGCAGCAGGGGGCCGGAGCUAGAAUCAUAACUGAUCAUCCGAGCUGCGCGGUUUUGUAGGUUUUGAAGCGUCAGAGCUAGUUCAGAACCCAAGCCCUCCCAAACAAUGCUGCAAUAGUCAAAGUACAAUUGGAUAAGAGACUUGUACAUUGUUUGGAGGUUCGACGGAGGAACGAAUUGCCUCACACGCUUAAGCGCUCCGAUAUUGCGCCGGUUAACAAUUCUUCCAUGAAUUUGUAAUUUCCUUCCAUGUACUGCCCAUGUUGUGAGCCGAAACAGCGGUCCAAAAAAUGCCCGAACUCAGGUGGACGGGGCCUAGGUGUUAGUUGUGUAAUUUAUACUAAUAAGUAAACUAACUGUUUCCCAAAUACGCGGAAAUGUAAAAUGACAAUGGCGUCACCCUGUUGCUAUGAAACUUCGAUAGCGAUGAAACUCCAUUUUAGGGUUACCAGUUUAGAGACAACCAAUGCAGUUGCUUCAGUAAAUAUAUCAAAAGAACUUGAAAAAAAAAAAAAAAAAAANAAAACUUUUGUGCGUAGAUAUUUAUGCUAGGUGCCAUAUUGUUGAACACCUUCAUUUUAAUAGCGAGGAGCUUUAUUCUGCGCACAGAAAGGUUGUCCCAUCUUAGCCCUUGCAGCAGGGGGCCGGAGCUAGAAUCAUAACUGAUCAUCCGAGCUGCGCGGUUUUGUAGGUUUUGAAGCGUCAGAGCUAGUUCAGAACCCAAGCCCUCCCAAACAAUGCUGCAAUAGUCAAAGUACAAUUGGAUAAGAGACUUGUACAUUGUUUGGAGGUUCGACGGAGGAACGAAUUGCCUCACACGCUUAAGCGCUCCGAUAUUGCGCCGGUUAACAAUUCUUCCAUGAAUUUGUAAUUUCCUUCCAUGUACUGCCCAUGUUGUGAGCCGAAACAGCGGUCCAAAAAAUGCCCGAACUCAGGUGGACGGGGCCUAGGUGUUAGUUGUGUAAUUUAUACUAAUAAGUAAACUAACUGUUUCCCAAAUACGCGGAAAUGUAAAAUGACAAUGGCGUCACCCUGUUGCUAUGAAACUUCGAUAGCGAUGAAACUCCAUUUUAGGGUUACCAGUUUAGAGACAACCAAUGCAGUUGCUUCAGUAAAUAUAUCAAAAGAACUUGAAAAAAAAAAAAAAAAAAAACCCUUCAAAUUAAUAUUUUAUGACCCCUAUAGUGUGAGUGUGUAGGUGAUCGGUUUUGGGGGACAGUUUGUUUGAAAAUUAUUCAUGCUUGGUUGAUACUAAGUAGCAAUGAUGUUUCUACUACAAUUGUAUAUAGAUUUUUAAUGGAAACAGUGACAAUAACACCGUUGUUCGUCAUAACCUGACAGAAGUUAUUAUGGCCCGUUAUAUUCGCUUUCAACCGACGGAAUGGCAGGGAUACAUAUCAAUGAGAGUUGAGCUCUAUGGCUGUCAUGCUGGUAAUGUAUUCUUUCUUUAUACUGUGUUUGCGCUAAUCACCCCCAGUCGCAAUGUUUUAGGCGUGCAUGGUAGCAAGAUAAAAAACUGCCAUGAACACUGAAUAUAACCUUUUGUUUAACACGGGAGAGCACUUUAUUGAGAAAAUAUCAUAACGUUAUAAAAGUAGGGAAAAGUUCAAUACGUGAUCAACCCAUGUCACAGAUUCUCGUCGUCCUCCUUCCCUAUAUCUUUCCCUUUCGUCACUUCUUCAGUCCCCUACACUGCACCAACGUAUUUUCACCAAGAGCAGAAUAAAACGUAAUAGAUUUAACUUAUUGAAUUCAAAUUACGUGGAAAUUGAUUUCAGAGAACUGGAAGAAGAUAAAUAUUGAGCCAGUCUGCUUUGGAGCAAAGGAUGACUCAUACGGGACAUUUAACAUCACAGAGAGUGGGGUCAUCUAUACGUUUAAAUUGGUUCAUCUAAGCGGCUCAGUUAGCUGCACCCCCAAACACCCUUUUUCCUACUGGGGAUGUGACCAUCCGACUUUUAAGGAAGAGAAAUUACUUACUGUCAUAACGUUUCAGAACAAGUCUGCUCUUUUGCUCGCAAAUUACAAAAAAACCCAGGGCGAUCGCUGUAGAUAUUAUUCGUACAAGAUAGAAGGUAUAGGUGUUAACGAGCCCGAACUUCGGUUUAACAUCCUUCCCUCUCCAAUAUCCGCGUCCGUUGGUCAAGAGUUUCAGCUUUGGUAUGGGNAGCUUUAUGAAGACAGAUAAAAAUGGCUAAUUUAUAAUAAAUAGACAGAGUCGGCCAUUGGGCCCGUUGUAGGACAUCAGCAGAUGCCAUGUCUUUCGGCAAAUGAAAGAUAAGUCUCGCAGCCAUGCAGUGAAGUCUUUCCAGGGACUGAAAUAAGUCGGAAUUGCAGCAAGAUCCCCAUAGUCUAAGACCAUAGGUCACUGAAGGCAAGAUGACCUUAAAAUGGAGAUCCUGACGAACGUUUCUAGGGAGAAAUCUCGACUUCUUAAGUAAUCCUAGUUUUUUAGCAAAUGAUUUUUUGAGUUCCAGCAUAUGCUGAGUCCAGGUCAGUUACUCAUCGACGGUCAUUCCCAGUAAUCGUGAUUUCGAUACCCAUUCAAUCGUAGAGUUUCCGAUAAAGAUCGGGGGAAUGUUAACCGGGGGAUUUCUUCUAGAGAUUAGCAUGGCCUCACUUUUACUUGGGUGGGGUGUUAAUCUGUUAAUGAGGCACCACUCGUUUAAUUCACGAAGUGCAGAAUUUAACUUGGCAAUACUUUUUUCUGCCGUGUCACUUAUGCAGUAAACCGUUGUGUCGUCGGCAAACAUAUAGACGGAUCCGGAAGAUACUGAGGACGGAAGAUCGUUCGUGAAAAGAGUGAAAAGUGUCGGCCUCAAGACAGACCCUUGAGGAAUUCCAAAAGAGACCGGUGUCAUCUCUAAAGUUGAUCCAUUAACAGCUGUGCAUUGCUGUCUUUCCUUUAAGUAACUUUUAAGCCACAAUUCAAAUAUUUCAUGAUUUUAGAGACUUUUAUGCCUUUCAACGCAAAGGCUUUGUUUUGUUCUUUUGUGUUUUUUUUAGUUGUUUGUCUUUUUUUCUUUUUGAGCGAACGUUGAACUCAGCAUGAUGCAAAGAAUUAGGGGGGAUAAUAAAUGUGCUGAUGUUUAUGCGUGGUAUGAGUGAAUCAAAACAUACUUGAAAACGACGCCGCGAAGCAACAUGCAUCUAGUGUUAAAUUUGUUACAAAUAUUUCAUGGUUUUAGUGACUAGGAUGCCUUUCAACACAAAGGUUAUGUUUUGUUUAAAUUGCUGAAUAGCACUUUUUCGAAAGUCUUUGCCACAACGCAACACAAAGGUUUUGUUUUCUUAUAGUUUGUUUGUUUGUUCGGUUAUUUUUUUUCUUUUCGCGCAAAGAUUGACCUCUGCAUGAGUCAGUGAAGAAGGGGUUUCUAAUUAUACCUUGUUUUAUAUGUUAUUAGAAUUAGACAAUUAGAUUCGUUUUCUGAUACAUUAACACCGACUUGUUAAAUCUACCUUUCCGCGUAUAAGAUACCAUAAACACUAUUGUAUGGGCAGGCACCGUCACUAAAAUUAUCCUGUGCUCUGCAGACCAGGUUUCAUUACACCUGUGAAGUGUACGUGGGAACUGGUCUUUUGAGCCGACUAUUUUCUAAAUUAAAAAUCUCUAAGUGAGGGGAGAUUUUUAACUACCGUUAUAGAAAGAGUAGAAAAUUUGGGAAACAUAUUUAGAAGGUAAGCUCGAUUUCCAGCCUUUUAAGGUAGUCCAGUAUUCACGCUGGUGUUCGUUUCUCGAAAGACCCCGUAAAUUUUCCGGACUGAACUGAGCAUUUUCUAGACCCUUUUCGACGGACUUUUCGAGUCCAAAGAGUUUUCGGAACUUUCAAUUGCCGGAAACGCACCCCUGGGCUCACAAAUCGGUUGAUAAUUUGGCGUUAAAAAUAACAUAAGAACGGGACUUUCUGAGAACCCCUAUUGUGGACCAAAUUUCUCUUUUUGUGGCCCGAGUUGUUCAAAAGGUGGGGAACGCUAUCCACCAGGAUAAAUCCUGGUCAAAAUGUUUGGGACACUUUGUGUUUCAGGCGAGGAAAAUGUAAUUCAAGUUGAACCCCCACUUUUACAUAUCUUGUACACUUUAAGCUACUUUAAGAAUCUCAACUUUGUUUAAGGGGCGGGGGGGGGGGGGGAUCUUGCUAAGGCCGUUAGCGGUAAAUUCCAUACAAAAACACUUGAAAAAGGGGGGGGGCCCCAAAACCUUUUGGCCAGGAUUGCAGUAGAUAACGCUAUUGGUUAGUCCUAAUUCUAAUCCACUGAACAGUGGCGCUAUCCAACGUUUGGACAACGGGGACCUGAGAUAUAAAAUUAACAGUUUUAUUAGUUAGGUUUCACGGUGCAUAUACAUGUACUUUUAAAUGGGAUGGGCAUAUUCAACUUAGCUUUGUCUUACAAAAUGUCACAUACCUAUUACCUAUAUUUUGCACUACUGUAGUUAAAUCACUGCUUGCUAGGAAUUCCACAUGAUUGUGGCUCCAGAGAUGGGGACAAUUUAACUACAUUCCAUCCUGUUCUUGAAAGGGACGUCUUAGCAAACAACUGAAAAGUUAUUUGGUUUUCACAUGAUGUCACUAAAAUUCUAACUACAGAUCCUGCUGAGAUUUUACUUUUGUCACGUAUUAGAGCAGCCGGAAACUAAUUUUCAUACAAAUUUUCGCUUCGGAAGGGUUCUUGGUUUUGUGAUAGAGUACGCUUGAAUUUCUAAGCUUUUAUGUGACGCAGCAUUUACAUGACUGCCGAGAGAGCUGUCCUGUAGGUAAGAAAGUGACUUAUUUCAAGGAAUUUUCCUAUCUAAACAGUUCAAGAAUUAGAAGAAGUAUUACUUUAAUGUUCAUGAGUUCCUGGACGAAUAAAUUCGCGCUUUGUAGCAAAACUCGGUAACAGAUGUUUGUUUCCGUCCGCCAUUUUGGUGCCCAUCCGGAUGGGCACCAGCAUGGCAUCUCCAUACAAAUCUUUAUAAAUUUGGACAAAAAAUUUCUUCGGAUAUCUCGAAUACGAAAUAUUCCUCAGAUCUGAAUCUUGGCGAGAGUAUUUGUAUAUUUUAACCUCUUUCAUUUUCCAGAUACUGGACUUUAUCUAUUGGACGGUUUUAAUUUUUAUUUUGAUCUAUUUUUAAUGGCGUGACACUGAAAACCGGCAAUUUAGCGUAAAAGCAAGAAAACAGGAAAUAAAUUAAAUGCACUAAUUCAGAAGAUCAACAACAACAGUCUCUCCAGAACGAUACUUUGUCUUAAUAUCUAGAUACUGCAUAGAAUACUUAAAGUGCACCUAACCCUUUAAUUUGUUUCGUUUUGGUAGAUUUCCACAUCUUUCAAGAACUUAUUUUCGAAAAGAUAUUUCAGAAAUAUUGAAUCCUUUUUUUACGAGCGCUAAAAGUUACUGAAAUUUUUAAAUUUUUGCGCGCUAUAAGCCCUGCUGGACAAAUUCUUGUCUCGUGGGCUCAUUAGAAACAAGCCAAUGAGAAGCGUCCAAUAUUUGGCACUUUUUGUAGCUGUGACGUAAGAAAAGGACACCAUUCCAAAGCACGAAGCAUUGAAAGUAUAAUGCGAUCGAAGAUUAUUUGUUAAGCUUACAAUUGGUAUGAAAAUAUGUCCUUUUCCUCCAAAAACCACAUAUUUUUCAACCAUUUUCUCUGUUUAACAAUAAAGCAUUGCCGCGAAUCUCCGCAUAUGUUUGCUUUUCUUACGUCACGCUCCAUAUUUGGACACAUUUGGCCGAGUGGGGGACUAAUGCGAACGAAAGGUAAAAAUAUCGACAAGACUGCGUUCACUUUUAGCGCUCGUAAAAAAGAAGGAUUCAAUAUUUCUGGAAUUUUUUUUCGCAAAUGAGUUCUUGAAAGAUAUGGAAAUCUACCAAAAGAAAACAAAUUGAAGGGUAUAUACGUUUAAAUUGGUUCAUCUAAGCGGCUCAGUUAGCUGCACCCCCAAACACCCUUUUUCCUACUGGGGAUGUGACCAUCCGACUUUUAAGGAAGAGAAAUUACUUACUGUCAUAACGUUUCAGAACAAGUCUGCUCUUUUGCUCGCAAAUUACAAAAAAACCCAGGGCGAUCGCUGUAGAUAUUAUUCGUACAAGAUAGAAGGUAUAGGUGUUAACGAGCCCGAACUUCGGUUUAACAUCCUUCCCUCUCCAAUAUCCGCGUCCGUUGGUCAAGAGUUUCAGCUUUGGUAUGGGGAAGACUUAAAGGACUGUUACGAAUCCGAUAACAGCGGUCAGACAUGUGCUGAUGUUUAUGCGUUCUACGUGUGA